UACGCCCAAAAAUCUCUUUAACUUCACUGAAAAACUAAUUAAAACUCUAUUUUCCUCAGUAAAACACACUGUUGGUAGCAAAUUUUUACCCUAUAGCAUCAAUCGUAUAUGUGCAAUUAGGGAUCCACUUGUUUUGGGUUCUCCAUUGUUGUGUCCUUUAUCUCUCCAGCAUCAAUCGUAUAUGCGCAAUUGUAGGGAUCUUAAUUGUACGCAGCUUUAGCAAUUGGAGUAGCAAUUGUGGGUUCGCCAUUGUUCUGUCCUUUUUCUUGAGUUCAUCUCUCAAAUGCGACGAGAAUAUCUCCUGAUGAUUUGAAGAUGAAUGGUUUUGACCCAGAAGUUAAGUCAUAUACAUUUGAUCAGUUGACAUCCAAAGUUGCUGCAAUUGUGCCAUGUGGUUCUGAAUCAGGUGAAUUCGACGAGCAGUUGUGGCUAAACUCUAAGGAGCAUAGAUCAAUUGCAAGAUUUAUAGGAUAUGCAUUAUGUGCUGCUGAUGAAGCUCUUAAAGAUGCUAAUUGGAUGCCCAAUGCGCAGGAUGAGAAGGAGCAUACAGGUGUCUCCUUAGGUGCUGGAACUGGAAGUAUCAGUGACAUAUUGGAAGCGUCCAGAAUGAUCUGUGAAAAGAAUAUACGCCGGCUUAGUCCAUUUUUCAUCCCACGGAUAUUGAUCAACAUGGCUUCUGGUCAUGUAAGCAUGAAGUAUGGAUUCCAGGGACCAAACCAUUCUUCAGUAACAGCUUGUGCCACUGGAGCUCAUUCAAUUGGUGAUGCCGCCAGGAUGAUUCAGUUUGGAGAUGCAAAUGUGAUGGUUGCAGGCGGGACAGAAGCCAGCAUUGAUGCUUUAUCUAUUGCUGGAUUCUGCAGGUUAAGGGCAUUGAGUACUAAGUAUAAUUCAAAACCCCAUGAAGCCUCCAGGCCAUUUGAUUGUGGUCGUGAUGGAUUUGUGAUAGGUGAGGGUUCUGGUGUGAUGGUAUUAGAGGAACUGGAGCAUGCAAGAAAGCGAGGAGCUAAGAUAUAUGCAGAGCUACGUGGCUAUGGAACAUCAGGUGAUGCACAUCAUAUCACACAACCACAUAUUGGUGGAAGAGGUGCAGUUUUGGCUAUGACACGUGCAUUGAAACAGUCUGGUAUUCGUCCUAGUCAAGUGGAUUAUAUAAAUGCUCAUGCUACAUCGACACCCCUUGGUGAUGCAGCAGAAGCAAAUGCAAUAAAACAUGUAUUCUCCGAUCAUGCUACAUCAGGGGCGCUGUCCUUAUCCUCUACAAAGGGUGCCAUAGGUCAUCUCCUUGGAGCCGCUGGAGCUGUUGAAGCAAUUUUUACUGUCUUGGCAAUACAUCAUGACAUCGCGCCUUUGACGCUGAACCUUUCUGAGCCUGAUCCAGUAUUUAAUGGCGGUUUCAUGCCUUUGACUGCUUCAAAGGAAAUGGCAAUUAAAGCGGGUUUAUCAAACUCAUUUGGGUUUGGAGGAACGAAUUCUUGCUUGCUUUUUACUUCAACCAACUGAAUGCUGAUCCAAUUAACAAAAAGCCCCAAAUGAACCAAAAGUUUUGUUAGGCAUUAGAACUAUGGUUAACCAGGUGGGCAAGCAAAAGCCCCCAUCUCAACUCAAUAAUCAAAUACCAGAGGGAGAGCAAGUGGAAGGAAGAGUGGAGGUUUGAGGGCUAUAUGUCGCUUAAAUUGAAUGUUUUGGCGAACUCUAUAGUAACCCAAUAACCAAAUCAAUAAGAUAUUUUUUAUCGGUUUUUGAUU